GCUAGGAAAAUAUUAAUAACGAGGAAAAGAAAAGAAAAAGUAUGUUUUCUAUCUAAGCAAUGAAAUGUGAACCCUCAAUUAUUUGUAAAUUUCAUGGAAACACGAGGGGUGGUUCCUUCAUUUGUAGUAUAUAAAGGCCCAAGUUUGCAGUUUUGGCUACAAAAGCACCAAGAGUGAUUAAUUAUAGCAUCUUUUUAAGUGAGCAGAUGGAGUACUGGAAAUGGUUGAAGAUGGUAGUGGUAGCGUUAAUAAUGUUAGGAGAAGGGUGGAGUAAUGAGGGGUGCUUGGAGGAAGAAAGGUUAGCUCUCUUCCAACUCAAACCUUUCUUUCCUUCCAUUGAUUCUAGAAUUGAUGGUUCAAUGUACGGCCCAAUUAUCGAAGAAAAAGAGACUUCAUCAGAUUGUUGUGAAUGGGAAAAUAUUGAGUGUAGCUCAAUCACUGGACGUGUCACCCAUCUUUUCCUUAAUCUUGCGUACACUCCUCCAACCUCCUAUGAUUUAGUUUAUUCAUAUGACUCAUAUGACAGAAGAACAGGAAACAACGAAUAUUGGUAUCUCAACACUUCUUUGUUUCUUCCUUUUGAGGAAUUGCAAAGUCUUUUUUUGAGUGGGAAUUCCAUUGUUGGUUUUGUGGACAACCAAGGUUUUGAAAAACUAUCAUCGAAAUUGAAUAAGUUAGAAAUCCUCGACUUAAGUGACAAUUAUUUCAACGAUAGCAUUUUAACAUCCUUAAGUAAACUUUCAUCGCUCAAGUCUUUGAAUCUAGCAGGCAACAAUUUCAUAGGAUCAAAUCCUAUUGACGGUUUAAAGAGGUUAUCAAAAUUGAAGAAUUUGGAGAUUUUGGAUUUAUCUCACCACAAUUAUAUAGCAAACAUUUCAUCCCAACUAAAUGAUUUUAGCUCUUUAAAAUCAUUGAGAUUGCAGGAUUGUGGAUUGGUGGGAAGUAUUGAUAUGCUAGAAUUCAAUAGUUUUAUCAACUUGAAGGAGUUGUACUUAGGCUCAAAUCAAAUUGAGAGCCUUGGGUUUUCUUCCUACGAUAAAGAACAGUUGAGAUUGAACAAACUUGAAGUGCUUGGUAUAAGUGAAAAUCUAUUGAAUAGCAGCGUAUUUUCAUCCCUUUCUCCGCUCUCAAAUUUGAAGUCUUUGUAUUUAAUUUCAAACAAUUUAGAAGGGCCGAUACAUAUGAAAGAUCUAAAUGCUUUCAGCUAUUUAGAGAAGUUGAUCUUAUUGAACAACAAGGUGACAGAAUUUGUUCCAUCACAAGAUAAAGAACAGUUGAGAUUGAACAAACUUGAAGUGCUUGGUAUACGUGAAAAUCUAUUGAAUAGCAGCGUCUUCUCAUCCCUUGCUCCACUCUCAAAUUUGAAGUCUUUGGAUUUAAGUUCCAACAAUUUAAAAGGGCCGAUACAUAUGAAAGAUCUAAAUGCUUUCAGCUAUUUAGAGAAGUUGUUCUUAUGGAACAACAAGGUGACAGAAUUUGUUCCAUCACAAGGUUUAAGGUUGAUGAAUUUGACAGUGCUUGAUUUGUUUGGCAAUCUCUUCAACAAUACCAUUUUGUCAUCUUCGGAACACUCUCAAAUCUAAAGACUUUGUCUUUAGGAGGCUCCAAUUUGGAAGGAACAAUAGAUAUUAAAGAAUUAGAUGGCUUGAGCAAUUUGGAGGACCUCCAUAUGAGCUGCUAUCCAAUUGGUACUACUAAAAUAAAAUUGUGGCUGAUUCCAAAUUUAAUUUAAAUGUACUAAUUACUUGUUAGUUUGAUUAAUUUGAUAUAUUCCAAAGAAAUAAAGUAAAUAUAAAUAUACUAUUUGAUAGGCCGAUUGCAAUCUUCGGCUACAAUCAUUAGAUUUAUUCUCAUCAUUGAAGACUCUUUCCUUGGACGGAGUUAAUUUAAUUGAUUCUCAUUCUCAAAUCAAUCCACAUGAGUUGCAGAAUUUGGAAUUCAUGCACAUAGAAGAUACUUCUCUUGAAAACAACUUUCUUCACAAAAUUGGUGCAAUGCCUUCUAUCAAGCAACUAAGCUUAACGGGUUGUGGACUCAAUGGCACCUUACAUACCCAAGGUUUUUGUGGCUUGACAAAUCUCAGACUCUUGGAUAUGAGCAACAAUAAUCUGAAGGGUACUUUGCCAGAAUGUUUUUACAAUUUCACAUCUCUUGAGAAUUUAGAUCUCUCUUCCAAUCAGUUAUCUGGAGAUGUAUCUGCCCUUAAGUCUUUAACAUCCCUCGUAGAGUUGAGACUUUCAAACAAUUAUUUCAAAAUCCCAAGCUCAUUGGAGCCCUUCUUCAACCUUUCAAAACUCAAGCAUUUCAAUGCGGACAACAAUACCAUAUACAUUGAAAGUGAGAUGCAACCUUUGGCCCCAAGAUUCCAAUUGAACCUUAUCAGUUUAUCUAGUUGUGGAGAUGUAGGACAAUUUCCUCAUAUUUUGUUCCAUCAACAUGACUUAAGGCAAGUUUAUCUCUCUAACAACAACUUUAGAGAGGGAUUUCCAAAUUGGUUGUUGAAUAACAACGCAAAUUUGGAAAGGUUAGUUCUUGCUAACAGCUCUCUCCAAGGUCAUUUUGAGUUACCUUUCCUUCCGCAUACGGACUUAUCGUAUUUGGAUGUCUCAGAAAAUUCAUUCUAUACCAAUCUUCCAAUUGAUAUUGGGGAAAAACUACCAUCAUUGUCGUUUCUGAACAUGUCAAAAAAUCAAUUUCACGGUAGCAUUCCUCUUCGAUUGGUGAUAUGAAUUUCUUAGAAGCCUUGGACUUGUCCAAUAAUCAAUUGUCUGGUGGGCUACCCGAGCAUUUGACCAUGGGCUGCUUUUCAUUAACUUCCCUUGCACUGUCCAACAACAAAUUGCAAGGGCAGAUGUUCUCUUCAAAUGUUAACCUUACAAAGUUGCGGGAGUUGCACUUAGAUGGGAAUCAUUUCUCUGGGAAGAUCCCAGAUUCCUUGUCUAAUUGCUCCUUUUUGUCAACAUUGGAUUUAAGCAAUAACGUGCUUUCUGGGGAGAUACCAAUGUCGAUGGAGAAUAUGUCAAGUUUGUCAACAUUGGAUUUAAGCAAUAACGAGCUUUCUGGGGACAUACCAAGGUGGAUGGGGAGUAUGUCAAAUUUGGAAGAAAUUGUGAUGGCAAAUAAUCAUCUUGAAGGUCCAUUCCAAAGGAGUUUUGCCAUCUUAAUGAUCUUAAACUUCUAGACCUUUCAGUGAACAACAUAUCUGGGCGUCUUCCAUCUUGUUUCAGCCCUUUAUGGAUAAGUCAAGUUCAUUUAUCAAGAAACAAGCUAGAAGGGGCACUCACAAAUGUUUUUCAUAAUAGCACUAGCCUGGUGACAUUAGAUCUCAGCAAUAAUCACUUAACUGGGAAAAUUCCACGUUGGAUUGGCAACCUUUCUCGAUUGAGUUUUCUUUUGCUAAAUAACAACCAUUUUGAAGGUGGGAUUCCAAUUCAGUUAUGCAAAUUGGGCCAGUUAAGCCUGAUUGAUCUUUCCAAUAACAAUCUUUCAGGUACAAUUCCACCUUGCCUGAAGAUUACAGCACUGAAUGAAAUAUCCCAAGAAUAUGUUCGUUAUGUCACUGAUAUUGCUCAACCUCCCAGUUCUUUCUCCAUUGAUGAACCGAUAGAGUUCAGAGUGAAAAGCAUGUCUUACUCUUAUAAGGGAAUUGUUCUCACAUACUUAUCUGGAAUUGAUCUCUCUUGCAACAAGUUGACAGGUGAGAUUCCCAGCGAAGUGAAAAACUUGCGAAAUAUUUAUGCUUUGAAUUUGUCUCACAACAAUUUGAUAGGACCAAUCCCACCGGCGUUUUCCAAUCUGAAGCAAAUUGAGAGUCUCGAUCUUUCUCACAACAACUUGAGCGGGAAAAUCCCUCCACAACUUGUGGGGUUAUAUAGGUUGUCUUAUUUCAGUGUGGCAUACAAUAAUUUAUCUGGAAGUACACCUGCAUGGACUGCACAAUUUGCAACAUUUGACGAAAGCAGCUAUGUGGGAAAUCCUCUUCUCUGUGGUGAUCCAUUGAAGGACUGCUCAACAUCAGGACCAUCAGCAUCUUUAUUGCCAAAAGCAUCGACUGAAAAUGGUUUGAUUGAUAUGAUUUCCUUUAUGUGACUUUCGUUGUGUCUUAUGUUAUGGCAAUCCUGAGUAUUGCAUGUGUGCUUUACAUUAAUCCAUACUGGAGACAAGCAUGGUUCUAUUAUGUUGGGUCAAUAAGCAAUUGCUGCUACUAUUUUUUGGAAGACCAUAUUCUGCCUAAAAGGCUCCACUGUGGAAAUAUGUAAGGCAAUGUUAAGUUCACAUUUUCUCUACU